AUGGAAGGUAGAAGACAAAGGCACAAAAGGCAGACAUACUGGAUGUCGCUUUGCGUUUCUUUGCUGAUGUGCUUUACAGAAAUUGUGUCUGCCCAGAUACGGUACUCUACUCCAGAAGAGGUAAAAUCUGGAUCGGUUGUAGGAAAUAUUGCUAAAGAUUUGGGUUUUGAUGUAAGUACAUUGUUAGACAGGCGACUUCGUUUGGUUUCUGGUUCUAAUGACGCCCUUUUUUAUUUAAAUCCGAACAAUGGGGUUUUGUCCAUUCGUGAGAAAAUAGACAGAGAGGAGAUAUGUGAUGGGACCAGUUCUUGUUCGAUUAAUCUAAAACUCAUUGUGGACAAGCCCCUAGAAAUUCAUUACGUUGAAGUUGACGUUACCGACGUAAAUGAUCAUUCGCCGAGUUUUAAUGAUGAAGAACAGCUUAUUGAAAUAUAUGAAUCCACAAUGCCCGGUGAGGAAUUUCAGCUGCAACCUGCACGCGACCCUGAUUCUGGUGUAAAUACGGUUCGUUUUUAUAAAUUAAGCCAAAGUGACAAUUUCGAACUUGUUCUUCGAGAAAAUGGAGGAGAAGGACAAAUACCAAUUUUAAAAUUACGCAAGUCAUUGGAUAGGGAGCAGCAAAAAAGGCAUAAUUUGAUGCUUACCGCCAUGGAUAGCGGAACCCCAACACGAUCAGGGAGCAUAAACAUUUCAGUGAUAGUUCUAGAUGAAAAUGAUAACAGACCAAUAUUCAGCCAGGAACUUUAUUCUGUUACAAUAGAAGAAAAUGCUCAGGUUGGGGCUCUUGUUUUCAGAGUCAAUGCCACUGAUUUGGACGAAGGCUUAAAUGGAAACAUAACAUUUUCAUUUGUGAAAAAUCUUGACAAAAAGGUGUAUAAUACUUUCGAAUUAGACAGAAACACAGGCAACCUUACCGUAAAAAGCGAGGUAGAUUUCGAGACUACUGACACCUUUAGGGCUAUUAUUACAGCGUCAGAUAAAGGACAACCACCAAAGACAAGUAACUGUAGAGUUGUUAUAAAAGUAACUGAUGUAAAUGAUAACAAACCUGAGAUAGAUAUUACGUCUUUGUCUGACGUGGUCCCAGAAAGUUCAAAAAUAGGAACUAUAAUUUCCGUUAUAAGUGUAACUGACAAAGACUCUGGUGUAAAUGGAAAAAUCGUUUGUAGCACAUUAGGCAAUGUACCUUUUGAGCUGAAGCCGUCAUUUAAAGAAAAUAUGUAUUCCUUAGUGAUCAGUGAACGACUAGAUCGAGAGCGUAUAUCAUAUUACGAAAUAACAAUAAGAGCUACAGAUUUGGGACACCCGCCCCUAUCUUCAAUGAAAACGUUUGGCGUCCAAAUAUCAGAUGUAAACGACAACAGCCCAGAAUUCCCAGAGAAUCCUCUUGAGUUAUAUCUACUUGAGAACAACUUCCCGGGUGCAUCCAUAUUUUCUGUUAGCGCUUCGGACAAGGACGAGAAUGAAAAUGCUGCGAUUACUUACCAAAUUAUUAAAGGAGGAGAACGAAAUAUUGCAUCUUUUCUUAAUAUCAACUCUGAAACAGGAGUUAUUCACGCACUAAAGAGUUUUGAUUAUGAAGUAACUAAAACGUUCCAGUUCAACGUGCUCGCUACAGACUCUGGAACUCCGCCACAAAGCAGCAACGUUACAGUGAAUGUGUUCAUUCUGGAUCAGAACGACAACGUUCCUGUGAUCCUGUAUCCAGUCAGCACUAACGGUUCUGCUAGAAGUGUGGAGGAGAUUCCACGCAAUAUGAACGCAGGGCAUUUGGUGACUAAAGUGAGAGCCUAUGACGCGGAUAUUGGAUACAACGGCUGGUUAUUAUUUUCUUUGCAGGAAGUGAGUGACCACAGUCUCUUUGGUUUAGAUCGCUAUACAGGACAAAUUAGGAUUCUUCGCUCAUUCACAGAAACAGACGAGGCAGAACACAAACUGGUUAUAUUGGUCAAAGACAACGGUAACGUGUCGCUUUCAGCUACAGCGACUAUGAUCAUUAAACUUGUCGAACCCAAAGAAGCUUUUGCUGCGUCCGAUGUUAAAAACGCAGUUAACGACGUGGAAGAAAAUAACGUGACAUUUUAUUUGAUCAUUACCUUGGGAUCGGUUUCAUUUCUAUUUAUUAUCAGUAUUAUUGUGCUGAUUGUAAUGCAGUGCUCCAAAUCUACAGACUAUUCAUCCAAAUAUUUACAAGAGACAAAUUACGAUGGGACAUUGUGUCACAGCAUCCAGUACAGGUCCGGAGAUAAACGCUACAUGUUAGUUGGACCCAGAAUGAGUAUCGGUUCUACCAUAGUUCCGGGCAGUAAUGGAAACACUUUAGUGGUACCUGACCGCAGGAAGAGAGCGUCUAUGGAGGUAAGCGUUGUUGUUUUUGUUGAUGAUGAUGAUGUUGUUGUUGCUUUAUGUUUAUGA